AUGGCAGAGCUUUCUUUGGACGCAUACUGGCGAGCGCCGCCCAUUGCUAGAACUGUUGCGACCAUUACCUUUGGUCUGUCCUGCGCUGUACACAUGGGAGUCCUUGCCGGGGAUCUCUUCUACUAUGACUUUCGUCUCCUACUGCGGAUCCCUCCGCAAGUAUGGCGUCUCGUAACAUGCUUCUUGAUCACAUUCCCAAACCUGGGUAUUCUAUUUGACACUUUCCACAUGUACAUGUACAUGAGUCAGCUGGAGAGAGGUCAUCCGCGAUUGUCUCGACGAGACGAUUUCGUCUGGUACUUGAUUUUCGUUAGCGGAACCAUUCUGAUACUCAGUCACCUGACAGGCUUCGGGUUUGGAAUACUGACCCAGGCACUUCUCCUCGCCAUGGCCUAUACCGUAACUCAGGAGCAGCGAGGGCAGACAACGAACUACAUGUUCAUUAACAUCCCGUCCCAGCUUGUGCCGUUCGCCAUGAUGGCGAUCAACCUUUUCUUCCCCGGUGGUAUUGGUAUCGUAUUGCUGCAGCUUCAUGGACUGGCUGCGGCACACUUGUAUCUGUUCCUGAGCAAGAUCUGGCCAGAGGUUGGAGGCGGCCGAAACUGGAUUGAGACUCCUGCCUUUAUUAGUUCGCUGGUGAAUGGGGUAGCACCAACGCCGCAGCGAUCAGCUGCUGGAGUCAGAGCGCCUGAUGUAGCAUCUGCUCGAAGCAGUGGUGCGUCUCGCGGACCAUUGCCAGACUCGUGGCGGACAAGAGGACCUGGGCACCGCCUAGGUUGA